CAUCACAUUCCACUGUUUCCCUCUCAUUUCGAUUUGGAAUUUGGUAGGGAGAAGAGACGAGUGGGAGAGAGAUGAGGGAGGAGGCGGUAGAGACGCUGCGAGGGGUGGUGCGCGACUGCGUGAGCAAGCACCUCUACUCGUCGGCCAUAUUCUUCGCCGACAAGGUGGUGGCAGCCACCGGUGACCCCGCCGACAUCUACAUGCAGGCUCAGGCCCUCUUCCUUGGCCGCCAGUACCGCCGCGCCCUCCACCUCCUUAAUUCCUCCCAGAUCGUUCUCCGUGACCUCCGCUUCCGUUACCUCGCCGCCAAAUGCCUGGAAGAGCUAAAAGAAUGGCAUCAAUGUCUGGCAAUGCUUGGUGAUGCUAAAGUUGAUGAGCAUGGAAAUGUUCUCUCACAAAAUGAUGGGACUGCAAUGUACUUGGAUAAGGAUACUGAAGAUCAUGAAAUUAAUAUUACUUCAGCAAUUUGUUUUUUACGUGGCAAGGCAUAUGAGGCUUUGGAAAAUCGUGCUCAAGCCAGACAAUGGUAUAAAGCAGCUGUUAAAGCAGAUGCAUUAUGUUAUGAGGCUUUGGAAUGUCUGGUUGACAAUUACAUGCUCACGUGUGAGGAGGAAUCAAGUCUAUUAUCAUCUUUGCAAUUUGGAAAAGAUGAUAAGUGGUUGUCAUCAUUCUACUCAUGUCUUGUAAAGAAGCACGUCAAAGAACAUGUUGUAGAAGCCAAGUUCAGAGAUCUUGAAAGAGAGACUUCUGGUGUUGCAUCUUCUAAUUCAUCUUUUAGCCAGACACUGAAAAACAACACUGACUUGUUGGCUCGUAGAGCUGAAUACUAUUACCAGAGUGGAGAGUAUCAAAGAUGUUUUGAACUUACUUCCAUGGUUUUAGAAAGAGAUCCUUUUCAUUUGAAAUGUACAUUAGUUCAUUUGGUGGCUUCGAUGGAACUUGGCCGUUCCAAUGAUCUCUAUCUUAUGGCCUGCAAUUUGGUGAAAGAUCAUCCUCAAAAAGCUCUCUCCUGGUUUUCUGUUGGAUGCUACUACUUUUGUAUCAAGAAGUAUGAUCAAUCACGAAGAUACUUUUGCAAGGCUACAACUAUAGAUGGGUCGUUUCCACCUGCUUGGGUAGGUAUUGGUAAUGCUUAUGCUGCUCAAAGUGAGGGUGAUCAAGCAAUGGCUGCGUUUCGUUCUGGAGCUCGCUUGUUUCCUGGGUGUCAUCUGCCAGCACUAUAUAUUGGAAUGGAAUACAUGCAAACACACAAUUACAAACUUGCAGAACAGUUCUUUUUGCAGGCCAAAAAGAUAUGCCCUUCUGAUCCACUUGUAUAUAAUGAACUUGGAGUUGUUGCUUAUCAUAUGAAGGAAUACCAGAAAGGUGUUCAGUGGUUUGAGAUGACCCUAGAUUGUGUUUCAUCUUCAUUAAGUGAAAUGUGGGAACCUACUUUGGUAAACCUUGCACAUGCAUUACGAAAACUUAAGAUGUUCCAGAAGGCUAUUUCCUGUUAUGAAAAGGCCCUGGCUGUUUCAACUCAAAAUUUCAGUGCAUUUGCUGGUCUGGCAUAUACAUAUCAUCUGCAGGAUAACUUUGAUGCUGCAAUAACCUACUACCACAAGGCUCUUUGGCUGGACCCAAACGACCAAUUCUGCACAGAGAUGCUAACUCUUGCCCUCGAGGAUGAUUGCAGAGGUGUUGACCGGAGGAAAUAACUUGUGGUAUGUACUUAUGGACGAAGCAGUGUUACUUUCCUGCUGAUAUUGUCAUUAUGUAAUUGUGGGAGAACUUCCUAAAUAUUAGCUUAAUAUCGUGCAUGGUCUGUUUUUAGUGUAUAGGUUAGCUAUUACAGACUUUCUUUUGUUGUUUUUGUUGGUUUUCUUUCCAGUUUUUCUGGGGCUUUGCAUAUAUUUUCUGCUAUUUGUAUUAGCAGAAUAUGUCCAAUUUUGUAUUGAUAUUGACAUGCACACUAAAUCAUCAUGGUUUUCAUGGUAA